AAUGAGUGAUUACUUUGUAUAAAAUAGAAGUGAAAUUUCUCAACAAAACUAAAGUGGACUUGGUAGUUUCAAUGACAAGUAAUGUAAUUGAUAAUUAUACUUAUUAGUUUAGGAGCUAGUUUUGGUAGAUUGUAAUAAGACAAUCAAAGUUUUGGUCCAAAUGGAGGUGGAAGUUUUGUAUAGAAUUCAGGAUUCAUAGUUUAAACUGAAUAAUAUCGUUCUUCUGUUGGUUUAGAGGAUGUUGUUGCUCCAAUUUAAAUAUAUGAAUAUUAAGAACCUUAAAUAUAAAAAGGAGUAUUUUUUAGGAGUAGUGGUGAUUUUGAGAUGCAAUUUGAAGAAAUUGGAAUUGACAGAUUGAAUAUUCAACCGAAAAUUCAAGAAGAUUCUAAAGAACAUAAGGCACCAUCUUUAGAUAGUGGAAUGAAAAGUAGUUAAUAAUCAUCACAUGAAUUUGAAAUGAAAAUAGGUAUUAAUAUAUUUUUAUUAGAAUCGGGUGAAUAGAUAAGUUCAAAAUUUAAACCUGAAAUUAAACAACUAAUAAAUUCCAAUAUUAUUUAAGAGAAUAAGAAUUUGUUUAAUGUGAAUCAAGCCAAAAGCAUAUAUACAAAUAAGAUUACUUAGUUAGUUGAAUAGACCUAAAAAAAAAUAGAUUUAGCUACUAAAUCAUCACCUAGAUUGUCGUAAAUAAGAAAAUUAUUCAUAUAGGAAGAGUCAACAAAAACUUUAAAGAAAAUCACCUAUAAUUUCAAGAGAUCAUUUCGAUGUCUCUUCAAAUGAAUUAUAGUCAAGUUAAAUGAGUCCUGAUGGUAACAUGGAUCCUGUUUAAUAAAAGUUAGCCAAGAAUAGGGAAUCUGCAAGAAAUUCAAGAGCAAGAAAGAAAAUUUAUUAUGAAUUAUUGGAAACUAAAGUCAAAGAAUUAUAAGAUGAAUUAGAUAAAGUAAAAGAAUCAAAUAGAAACUAAACAAAAUAUACUGAAAUAUGUAACAAAUUUUAAGAAAAAGUAUUUUAAUUUAUAAUAAUAAUAAUAUAGUUUUAAACAUUUUUAGAUUAAUAAUAAUAAUUAUUUGAUAAAUUAGAAACUUGUUUAAUUAAAAAUAAGGAUAAUUUUGAAAUUGCUAUGGUUUUAGAUGCUUUGAGAUAUAGAACAAAUUCAAAUAGUUAAGAAAGAAAUGAUGCUGCAAGAUAAUACUUUGAUUCCAUGGUUGAAGUAUGUUUACCAAUAUAAACUAAAUAUCUUAUUUAUGCAUUAGAAAAAGAUAAAGAUUUCUUUGCAUAAUAACCUGAGUAUUAAAGAUCUUAUAUUAGUGAUUAUACUGAUUGGAUGAAGGAUGUAUUUAAAAAGACUGAAAUUAAACCAGAAUAAAUUGUAAAAGUUAAGAAAAUGAAAUCUAAAUUAUAAAGUGUCAGAAAUACAAUAUCCGAGUAAUAUUAACAUUAUAUUAAUACUAGUUCUAUUUAAAACAUUAAAGUUCAAUUAAAAAUAAUAUAGGGUGAAGCCAAUAAGGUAGAUUAGAUGUGGGAAUAACUAAAGGAAUGCUUGACUCCAGUUUAAUUAGCAACUUGUCUUUUAGCUAUGAAAUAAGUAAUUAUAAAAAUAUCAACUAUUUAUUAGAAUGCUUUUCGUUAGGAAUUACAGACAUCAUCUAUAUUUUUAUAGUUAAAGAAUUCAUAAAUGGUAUAUUCAUCAUUAAUUAAUCUAGUCAGAGGAAGAUGACAACUUAAUAAGAACAGAUUAAUCAUCCAUUCCAAACAAUAGGAAACUUGUCAAAAAAUCUAUGUAAGGAUGA